AUGGGUAAAUUGAAGACCUUGGGAAAGCGCUUCUGGCGCAAGUGGACAACCCGUGAGGGCUUGCUUGGCGACUACGACUAUGGCUACCUCUUUAUCCCAGAUAUGCCCUUCAAGAAGGGACAGCCCAAAACACAGCCGUUCUUCGGCUUGAAUUCCAGUAUGCCUCUUGUUCUAGGCAUGAUAUUGGGCUUGCAACACUCCUUGGCCAUGCUUGCUGGUGUUAUCACCCCGCCCAUGUUGAUUUCUACCGCCGCCAACUUGAGCAACGAGAUCAGAGAGUACCUCAUCUCCACGUCGUUGAUUGUCGCUGGCUCCUUGUCUUGUAUUCAGAUUACUCGUUUCCACAUCUACAAGACUCCCUACUAUAUCGGCACAGGCUUGCUUUCCGUGGUGGGCACGUCGUUUGCGACCAUCACUAUUUGCACCAAGGCCAUGCCCUUGAUGUACAAGACCGGCCUAUGCCCAAUGGACGGCGACAAGGAGCUACCUUGCCCAGAUGGAUACGGCCGCAUCAUUGCCACAGGCACAGUGUGUGCAUUGCUUGAAAUACUCUUAUCGUUUGCGCCCUCCAAAGUGUUGCAGAGGGUGUUUCCUCCGCUUGUCACUGGCCCCGUGGUGCUUCUCAUUGGUACCCAUUUAGUUGAAACUGGCUUUCAAAAUUGGAUGGGCGGCUCCAACUGUGUAGGUGAAAUGUGUGGAACGGCGAAGAAGUUACAGUGGGGGCUGGCAGAGUAUCUUGGUUUAGGAUUCUCUGUUUAUGCUACCAUCGUUUUAUCUGAGCGUUUCGGCUCUCCUAUCAUGAAAUCUUGUGCUGUGAUCAUGGGUUUGCUUGUUGGGUGUAUCAUUGCUGCCGCUUGUGGCUACUUUUCUUCCGAAAACAUCGACAGCGCCCCAGUGGCUACCUUCCCAUGGGUGCACACAUUCAAGCUCCAGGUGUACGGUCCAGCUGUGUUGCCAUUUUUUGCGGGUUAUAUUGUUCUCAUCAUGGAAGCCAUUGGUGACAUCACGGUCACUUGUGAUGUAUCCAGGCUAGAGGUGGAGGGGGAAAUGUACGAGUCAAGAAUCCAGGGCGGUGUUCUCGCUGAUGGGGUCAAUUCUGUCAUUGCUGGGCUCAUGACUAUGACUCCAGUGUCCACAUUUGCCCAGAAUAAUGGUGUUAUUUCGGUCACAAAGUGUGCAAACAGAAAAGUCGGCUACUGGUGUGCGUUCUUCCUUAUCAUCAUGGGCAUCUUUGCAAAAUUCGCUGCUGCAAUUGUCUCCAUCCCCAGCACAGUUCUCGGGGGUAUGACAUGCUUUUUGUUCUCCUCAGUGACGGUCUCAGGAAUUAAAAUUAUUUCCACCACAGAACUUACCAGAAGAGACAGGUUUGUGUUGACGGCUGCGUUGGUUCCUGGUAUCGGUUCUGUUUUGGUUCCCAACUGGUUCGACAAUGUCUUCACAUACUCUGGUGGCAACACUGCCUUGAUGGGAUUCUUCGAUGUCAUCACCUUAGUUAUGGAAACAGGUUUUGCCAUAACCGGAUUUGUUGGUCUCAUUCUUAACUUGAUAAUUCCACAGGUGGACGAGGAAAUGGAGGAGAUCAACGAGGUCGUAUUAGAGACGGUGGGCUCGGCAACGCAAGAGGCCUUGGAGGUGUACAAGUCCAGAGAGCAGAUCUUUGUUAACAGCAAGAACGAUGAAGGCGGCAACCUGAGCUCGAGCCAGAUUAACGUCAAAUGA